AUGGCGCACGGCGGUGCAAUUCAGCGGUCUCGGAAAAUCCUUCUACUUACUUGGAUUUCGAUGGUGCCGAGUACAAAGUACCUAGGUGUCACUCUUGACCGAAGCCUCACCUUCCACGAGCAUGCCAAAGCCACAGCUCAAAAGACCCAAGCCAGAGUGUCUCUCCUAAAGAAGCUUGCAGGGACCGGAUGGGGAGCUAAUUUCACCACCCUUCGCACCUCCACUCUAGCUCUUGCCUUCUCCACUGCCGAGUAUGCUGCACCUGCAUGGAGCCACAGCACCCAUGUACACAAGGUUGAUGUUGUCCUCAAUGACGCUAUGAGACUAAUCAGCGGAACACUCACUGCAACACCAGUCAGCAACCUGCCAAUAUUAUCUGGCAUACCACCAGCUCAGCUCAGACGAGAUGCGCAGUAUGCUAAGCUUGCCCAAAAGCAUGACAGAGAUAAAUGCCUUGUUCCUGCCCCCUCUGCCUUUGAAGGACAGCGUCUCCCUAGAAGACACUUUGCAACACAGGCUGCUGAGCUGCGGCCUGAGAACCCCCCCUCCACCUUAGCCACUUGGAUAACAAAACGCUGGUCAGACCAGUGGAAUUCGUCCACUACCAACCUGAAGGAGUUCAUCCCAAAGCCCUGUGCAAAACCAAGUGGCAGCGACCUCCCAAGAAAAGCCUGGGUCAACCUAAACCGUGUCAGAACUGGAGUUGGCCGCACACAAUAUUUCCUACAUAAAAUUGGAGCUGAAUCAUCACCAAACUGCGCCUGUGGAGAGAUCCAAACUAUGGAUCAUGUCAUUGAUGAUUGUCCGAUCUACAAAUCCCCCCACGGCGCUUCCGGACUUCGUGAGCUCGAUGAUGAGACGAUCUGUUGGCUCAAUAAGGAUCUUCCUAUCUAG